AUGGCAAAAACACCCACAAGAAAUGUUUCAGCGGCUUUAUUGGAGCAAACAUCAGAAAGUGAUGAUCGAUUUGAUGAUUAUUCAUCAGAAAAUCCACUUGAUUUUACAGCUGGUAGUAUUCGUCCAAAUGAACAUGCUUUUUUUUCUGAUGUAACAACAAUGAAAGAAUUAGAAAACGAUCUUACGGAUUUAUUACAACGAUUUCGUGAAGGAACAUUGCUUGCAUUUAGCCCACAAUUUACAUGUACAAAAAUGGAUACGAUUCGAGAAACUCAAGAACAAUUGGCAAGAUUACAUUUUUCUUUAGACAAAGAUUUAUCAACAAUAAAUAUUGAAUCGGAUGAAUGUCAAAAGAAAGCAAAUGAAAAUAUGUCAUGUCUUAUGCAAAAAUUACAAAAACUAACUGAAGAAAUUGAAAAAUUACCUCAAAUGCCUUCUGAUCAUCCAGUUAAAAGUGGAACUGAAUAA